GAGCUCUGUUACCGUGGAUACCGUGGGCUUUAGGCAUGAAGGCAUCACCGGAAGUCUCUCGCUCCCGUUAUUUCCACACAGCAGGUGCUUUUCUAACGGGACCGCACACGACCGCACAUUGCUGACCGUGUUAGCGCCAUGCCACCCGUGCUCCUCCUGGUCCUCUCCGUGGUACUGACCUCGCAGUACCGGGCCUCUGCCGCAGCCUUGCCCUGCCUUGCCCCCACACAGUGGGAGGGCCGCUGGGUGCAGUACGACCACAGCACCGGGAGGAACAGCCGUGUCGCGGUCUCCUACGACGCCCCGAACCAGCGGCUCCGGGUCCUGCAGCAGCACAAGAAGCACACGCCCUGUCAGAGGUACUUCGAGUUCAUCUACCUGUACCAAAGCGCUGUGAUGUUCCAGAUCGACCAGAAAACCAAAGAGUGCGCUAAACUCCCCCUCAGCCAGUCCUGGGACCCCUUCGACAUCCCGGACAACUCCACGUUCGAGGACCAGUACACGGUGGGGGGUCCCGGGGACAGUGUGGAGGUCCAGGAAUGGUCUGACCGCAAGCCUGCCCGUCAGCAUGAGACGUGGGUGGGUGUGUACACUGUGAAGGACUGCUACCCUGUACAGGAGACCUACACCAGGAACGCCAGCGUCACCACCUCCACACGCUUCUUUGACCUGCGCCUCGGCAUCAGUGACCCCAAUGUGUUCAUGCCCCCUCCAACCUGUGAAUCUGCCCAGCCCCGUCCCCUCAACCCCGCCCACUGCUGAGCGCCCGCACUGCUGUGGUAUAAAACAUCAUUUUGUCCCAAGACGGCUGUGCCUGUGUGACAGACGAGUGAAUGAAAAGUGCACACAAAUGUAAAUCGAGUCCUAAGCUGCAGAUGAACACGUGUGACUAUGGGAAAUGUUCUCUGGUCAGACACACGACCCAUCAACAGUUUGGACACAGUUUUUCAUUUAUGUUUCUUCUUUAUUUUUACAUAGUUGAUUCUCAGUGAAGCCAUUAAAACUAUGAAUGUCACAUUUGGACGAUAGUAAACAAAAAAUACACUCAAAAUAACUCCAAACUUGUGUAACAUAAAUCAUGGUGUUUUGGUGUUAACUAAACACAUUUUCAAAGUUCAUCCCAUCGCUGUUGUCAAUGCACUCUAAUCUAAUUUAAUUUAAAAGUUAACUUUUUUUGCAAACCUUUGCCUCAUUCCUCUGUGAAUUUUCAACUAAAAACUUGAUAUUUUGUUUUGGUUAUUUGACUAAUAAAAUAAAAGUACAUAAAUUCU